AGCCACCGCGCCCUGCCUCAAAAUCCUUUUUACUCAUGGGAGAGUGGUGGUAUGUUCCCCAACUGAGGCCCUCAGGCCCAGGUUCCAGAGCAUCAGGGCCACAUUUGGGGCAGGGCAAAGCAUGCUCACUGGAGCCCUGGAUUCCUCAUCUGGGGUUCAGGGGAUUGAUCCAGGCCUACCUGAUCCUGUCGCAAGCAGGGAGUUAGGGAGGCUCAGAGUUCUGGACUGUUUUUUGUUUGUUUUUCCUAACUCCUGAGUUGUUUUUGUUUUUUGUUUUUUGAAGGGAGAGGAGUUGCUAGCACCUAUAAGCCCAGGUAUGGAGCUUAGCAAAGCUCAGCUGGAAUUUGAACUGUUAGCAGCCUUCCCCUGGGGUCCUGAGUGAGCUGGGGGCUCUGGGCCCGGGAAGCCUGGAGCAGAUGUCUGGGUGGAGCCUAUUCCAGGCCCUGUGCGGCCUUGUCUUAGGACUUCCUGUUACCAGAGCACCUGCCCAGGAGGGAUGGGUGGUGCUGCAGGUUCUGUGAACGCUGCAGCGGGAAGCUUCCUGGGGACCAUAGGGCCCUCGCUCACACUCUGCAGGACCCAGUGCUUCAGUUCUUCCCUUUGUCUCAGGCACUAGGAAAAACUAAAGUCUGGGAUGUCUGGGCCUGGGCUUACAGCUGUAGUCACACUCAGUUUUUUUCUAUAAUCUCAGGCCAGAGAAAGAACAAUCCUUAAGGCAGAGAAAGAGGUUGUCUUUUGUCUUUCAACAGCUCUGAUUAAUCUCUUCCUGAUGGAGAGAGACUUUGGCAGGACUCCCAAAGCCCCAGAGCCCCCCACUUUGAGGUUUUUAUUCUCCCAAACACCUCCCUCCCACCCUGCUCCUCCUCUCCCCAUCCUCACGUCUGUGGGUCAUGUUUCUUUCCAUCUCUGCAUCUGGUCAAGAAUCUGACCCUCUGUUUUGGGAACAUGGGUUUAGUGCAGGAUGAAGAGGUUGGGGAAGAAUCUCAUCUCCAUGAUGCUGGAGUGGGGGAGGGUCCUUUGAUUUGGUACAAGUCUCCACCCUGCUGGGCUUGGUUGGCUGGUUGUGCUCGUUGCAUAAUCUGGGCCCUGGGGCCAGCCCUGUGAAGCUGCCAGGGACAGUGUGUGCGAGGCAGAGCUGCCAAACAGGCCUUGCAGGCAGCAGCCAUGGGGAGGGGGGUGGGGGUGGAGGUGACUCCCAGAUGGGCUCCACAGAAAUGUCGGGGAGCAAGGCUUCAACGACCUGGCAUGUCACCAGGGAACCGGAUGCCCAUGGCCGGCUUGCAGGUGGGACCCCCUGCUGGCUCCCCAUUUGGUGCAGCAGCUCCGCUUCGACCUGGCAUGCCACCCACCAUGAUGGAUCCAUUCCGAAAACGCCUGCUUGUGCCCCAGGCGCAGCCUCCCAUGCCUGCCCAGCGCCGGGGGUUAAAGAGGAGGAAGAUGGCAGAUAAAGUUCUACCUCAGCGAAUCCGGGAGCUUGUCCCAGAGUCUCAGGCAUACAUGGAUCUCUUGGCUUUUGAGCGGAAGCUGGACCAGACCAUUGCUCGCAAGCGGAUGGAGAUCCAGGAGGCCAUUAAAAAGCCUCUGACACAAAAGCGAAAGCUUCGGAUCUACAUUUCCAAUACGUUCAGUCCCAGCAAGGCGGAAGGCGAUAGUGCAGGAACUGCAGGGACCCCUGGGGGAACCCCAGCAGGGGACAAGGUGGCUUCCUGGGAACUCCGAGUGGAAGGAAAACUGCUGGAUGAUCCUAGCAAACAGAAGAGGAAGUUUUCUUCAUUCUUUAAGAGCCUCGUCAUUGAGCUGGACAAGGAGCUGUAUGGGCCUGACAAUCACCUGGUGGAGUGGCACCGGAUGCCCACCACCCAGGAGACAGAUGGCUUCCAGGUAAAACGGCCUGGAGACCUCAACGUCAAGUGCACCCUCCUGCUCAUGCUGGAUCAUCAGCCUCCCCAGUACAAAUUGGACCCCCGAUUGGCAAGGCUGCUGGGAGUGCACACACAGACGAGGGCCGCCAUCAUGCAGGCCCUGUGGCUUUACAUCAAGCACAACCAGCUGCAGGAUGGGCAUGAACGGGAAUACAUCAACUGCAACCGUUACUUCCGCCAGAUCUUCAGUUGUGGCCGACUCCGUUUCUCUGAGAUUCCCAUGAAGCUGGCGGGGUUGCUGCAGCAUCCAGACCCCAUUGUCAUCAACCAUGUCAUUAGUGUGGACCCUAACGACCAGAAGAAGACAGCUUGUUACGACAUUGAUGUGGAGGUGGACGACCCACUGAAGGCCCAGAUGAGCAAUUUUCUGGCCUCUACCACCAAUCAGCAGGAGAUCGCUUCCCUUGAUGUCAAGAUCCAUGAGACCAUCGAGUCCAUCAACCAGCUGAAGACCCAGAGAGAUUUCAUGCUCAGUUUUAGCACCGACCCCCAGGACUUCAUCCAGGAAUGGCUCCGUUCCCAGCGCCGAGACCUCAAGAUCAUCACUGAUGUGAUUGGAAAUCCUGAGGAGGAGAGACGAGCUGCUUUCUACCACCAGCCCUGGGCCCAGGAAGCAGUAGGCAGGCACAUCUUUGCCAAGGUGCAGCAGCGAAGGCAAGAACUGGAACAGGUGCUGGGAAUUCGCCUGACCUAACUGCUCAGGGAUCUCUUUCUUCCCAGCCCUGGAGCCUGGAGGGAGACCACCCUCUGGGUCCUUGCUGGGGCCGCAGACACGUAGGCUGGGGUGAGGAGUGUCUGCUGUCACUCUCUACUCCCCAGCUUUAGUUUUAUACAUGUAGUGAUAGGAUUCCUUGUUGCUUGGUCCCCAAAGCCUUAUACUUUUUGCAUUGGCUUUAAUUGGGUUCAGCAGAAGCCUCCUGUGCCCCCCCUGCAGGCAGGCCCAAGUAGGACUGCUGGAGGCUGUGCUUUGACAUUUUAACAGACAUUUCCGAACCAAAGGCUGCUGGGUUUGCAUGUUUACAGACUCCCCUCUUGGGCGAGGGUCAGAGCUGGCUGUGGGGAGCUGGGCUAGAAGAGGAGAUGCAGCUCAGACUUCCUAGCCUUUCUAAACCAAAGUUCUUUGCCAUUCCUACAAGCCCAGCCUUGCUGCUGGUUUUUUUCUUUCCUUUGGGUAUUUGCACUAUUUUGGGAGCAAGUUUUCUAUGUGGGAGCCACUUUUUUUGUACAGGGGUAAGUUGGGGGUUUUCAGGGAGCCCUGUUAGGUGCCUCCUUGUUUUCUUUCCUCAAUCUAUGCAAGCGGCUCUGGCCGCCAUCAUCUCCUGGGAUGCCAGAGGGCUGCCUCUCCAGCGGCUUGGGCCGGGGAGGGGACACUCCAGUUCUCUAGCAUGGCCUGAGGUAUGGGUGGGCGCAUGUGGAGGCCAGGGUAAGGUGAAUGGGGAGGCUGGGAGGACUGGUGUCGCCCUUUGGAGCUUGGUGAGGAGGGUGGGCCUAGGGCUUGGCGAGUGCCACUUCUGGCACUGGGAUCCAAAUAAAUCCUUUUAUCUAUUG